AUGAAGAACUUCUCUUCUCUCCAUCACUUUCUUCUUCUCGCUACGCUACUCGCUCAACUACCCUUGUUUCAGUCAAGCUACCAUGAGUACCAAGAUGCAUUAUCAAAGUCCAUUCUUUUCUUUGAGGGUCAAAGGUCAGGCUAUUUGCCACAAGAUCAACGUGUAACUUGGCGUGCUAAUUCAGGCCUGAGUGAUGGAUGGACAUAUAACACAGAACUGACUGGUGGCUACUAUGAUGCUGGUGAUAAUGUCAAGUUUGGCUUCCCUAUGGCAUUUACAACUACAAUGUUGUCUUGGAGUGUGAUUGAAUUUGGAGACUUAAUGCCUCCAAAUGAAUUGAGAAAUAGCUUAGUUGCCGUUCGUUGGGCCACUGAUUAUUUGCUCAAGACUGUUUCUCAGCCUAACAGGAUUUUUGUUCAGGUGGGGGAUCCAAAUGUAGACCAUAAUUGUUGGGAGAGACCAGAGGACAUGGAUACUCCUAGGACCGUUUAUGCUGUGGAUGCACCAAAUCCAGCAUCUGAUGUUGCUGGUGAGACCGCGGCAGCUCUGGCAGCUUCGUCUAUGGCAUUUCGAUCGUCGGACCCAGGUUAUGCAGAAACAUUGUUAAGAAAUGCCAUUAAGGCCUUUCAAUUUGCUGACAGUUACAGAGGAGCUUAUAGUGACAACCCCAAUGUCAGAGAUGGUGCAUGCCCAUUCUAUUGUGAUUUUGAUGGUUAUCAAGAUGAGUUGCUAUGGGGAGCAGCAUGGCUUAGAAGGGCAUCUUCUGACGAAACUUACCUUAGUUACUUACAAAACAAUGGCAAAACCCUUGGUGCUGAUGACAAUAUUAAUGAAUUUGGCUGGGACAACAAGCAUGCUGGCCUUAAUGUUCUGGUCUCCAAGGAAGUUCUGGAAGGAAACAUGUACACUCUCCAAUCAUACAAAGCUUCAGCAGAUAGCUUCAUGUGCACCCUUAUACCCGAGUCAUCAUCCUCUCACAUAGAAUACACUCCUGGUGGCCUCAUCUACAAGCCAGGAGGCAGCAACCUGCAACAUGCGACAACAAUUUCAUUUUUGCUUCUUGCUUAUGCAAAUUACCUAGAACGAACAUCUCAAUCUGUCAACUGUGGAAAUGCGAACGUGGGUCCAUAUUCACUUCGUCAACAGGCUAAAAGGCAAGUUGAUUACAUUUUAGGGGAUAACCCUAUGGGAUUAUCUUAUAUGGUCGGAUAUAGUGACCAUUAUCCUCAACGGAUUCAUCACCGUGGCUCGUCCUUGCCGUCCAUUAAGGAUCACCCUGAAUUUAUAGCUUGCAAAGAAGGUUCAAUUUACUUUAAUUCAACAAAUCCUAACCCUAAUGUUCAUGUUGGAGCUAUUGUGGGUGGACCUAGUGAAGAUGAUUCCUACGACGAUAAUCGAGAUGAUUUUAGAAAGUCCGAGCCAACAACGUAUAUUAAUGCACCGUUUGUUGGUGCGCUUGCUUAUUUUGCAGCAAAUUCCAAUUUUAAUUGA